GCAUUCUGCUCUCUGACACUUCAGUCUCCAAACCCAGUCACAGCCAGUGGAGAAAAGCCAUGGUAAAGGCGUUCUGCCAGUAAGGAUUUUUCUCCCAGCUUACAGAGAAUUAGAAGGUAAUCAUGACUGAUACAGUCAAACAGCCCAGGACCACAGGGGUACUGGGGCUUACCCACCACAAGGCUCUCUCAACAAUCACCCAGGACGGAGGGUCACACAUGUCACACAUGUAUGUGUGUACCCUGAGAAGUUACAAAUCUGGAACUUUGGAGACAGAUGGCUUAUGGUGGAAAGUCCAAAGUCAAGAAGUGGGAGGAUGAGGACAAAGAGAAAGAUGGAGAAGGAAGAGGAGGAGGAAGAGGAGGAGGAGAAGGAGGAGAAGAAGAAGGAGAAGAGGAGGAGAAGGAAGAAGAAGAAGAAGAAGAAGAAGAAGAAGAAGAAGAAGAAGAAGAAGAAGAAGAAGAAGAAGAAGAAGAAGAAGAAGAAGAAGAGGAAGAAGAAGAAGAAGCAGGAGGAGGAGGAGGAAGAGGAAGAGGAGGCAGAGGAAGAGGAGGAGGAGGAGGAAGAAGAAGAAGAAGAAGAAGAAGAAGAAGAAGAAGAAGAAGAAGAAGAAGAAGAAGAAGAAGGAGAAGGAGAAGGAGAAGGAGAAGGAGAAGGAGAAGGAGAAGGAGAAGGAGAAGGAGAAGGAGAAGGAGAAGGAGAAGGAGAAGGAGAAGGAGAAGGAGAAGGAGAAGGAGAAGGAGAAGGAGAAGGAGAAGGAGAAGGAGAAGGAGAAGGAGAGCUUACUCCACCUACAAUGAAGUAGACAUCACCUGGAGGAGACUCUGCUCGUUUCCGUAAGGCCAUGUGAAAGGAGACAGUUUAAUCGGGGCCUCGACGUUUGAGCACUGUCAGAAUCUCCCCUCAAAUGAUAAAUGACGGUAUAACGCAACAGUCUACAGCUACGGCUGAAUUAUAUUAGCCAUCAGCGUUCAAAACCCAUUUGAAACUUAAUUGUGCUGUGAUGGUGGUAUCCCCCAGUCAGCAGAACAGCGGGUUUAUAAAAAUCAUCUCCUAUGAUUGUUAAACGCUUUCCUAAUGAACCUGAUGAUCACAACACUGUGUAAUAAAGGCUCCUGUCAAGAUGUCACGAAUGCGCGAUCGUGGCCUCUACAGUGAGCGAGUGCUUCUGUGACUUGGGUUUAUCUGCACGGCACGGAAUUCGACAGCUCGGUCUGCAUAUGGAAGAUAAUCUCCAUAAAAAAAGGGAAA